UCUCCGUUUCUUACUCCCACCCAUCCAAAAAGCCUACAAGUUUGGUUUUCAAAUUAUGAAUUAAUUGUCCUAAACAAGUACGAGGCCUCCAUAAACUCAUACACUUUUUAGAGAGAAAUAGCUAGCAGCCUAGCAGUAGCCAUAGGAUGCUGUAUGGUCCAAUCACACCGAUAUUGUCCUUUAACUUGUACCUUACCACCUGCACAACACCACAGUUAUAUAAGGCCAAGGGCAAGCUACAGAUUAUACUGUGGAAGCAGAGAAAUGGGUGAGCAGGAAAAUUCAGAAUCUGAAGCGAUUCGAGUGAAGAGGCGUGCUACGUUUCGUAUAUGCAAUGUGUCAAGUUUCACCACUGAAAUACUGGAGAUCCCUGCUGACAAUCCAGCAUUGCAUGUUCUUGUUAUACCUGGAAAUCCAGGUGUUGUUUCAUUUUACAAAGACUUUGUGGAGUCGCUGUAUGAGUUGCUGGGUGGAACUGCUUCUGUGACAGCUGUUGGACAUAUAUCUCACACCAAAAAGAAUUGGGAGCAUGGAAGGCUGUUCUCAUUGCAAGAACAAAUUGAUCAUAAGAUGGACUUCAUCAAACAGGAGUUGCAAAAUAAUGAAGUUCCUAUAUUACUGGUUGGGCACUCUAUUGGUUCAUAUAUAUCUCUAGAAAUGUUCCAGAAGUCUCCAGAGAAGGUGACAUUUUGUGUUGGACUAUAUCCUUUUUUGGCCUUAAACCGACAAUCCGUACAGCAGUCUUUCAUUGGGAAGCUUGCAGCGUCCCGUAUUCUAAGUGUUGUCUUGAGCUUAAUUGUUGCACUCUUGGGAUUGUUUCCUAUCCGAUUGUUGAGGUUAAUUGUGACCACAUUCCUUGGGAAGCUCUGGUCAGCUACUGCAGUUGAGGCUACUUGCUCUCACUUGGUAAAGGUAAAGUACCAUACCAUGCGGAAUGUCCUCUUCAUGGCAAUGACAGAAUUCAGAAAGCUUUCAGCAACACCAGAUUGGGCAUUCAUGAGGGGAAACCAGCACAAAAUAGCAUUUUUGUUCGGCAUUGAUGAUCACUGGGGUCCAUUGCAAAUGUUUGAAGAGAUUUCAAAGCAGGUCCCAGAUGUUGCUCUAUCAAUUGAAAGAGAGGGCCACACUCAUGCUUUUGGUUGCACUGAGGCUGGCUCAUUGUGGGUUGCUGAGCAUGUAGCAGGCUUGAUCAAGAACAAUCAAGCAUCAUAGAUAUACCUGCUCUAUCUAGCCCACCAUGUUUGUCUUUAGGAUGCAAAUAUUAGACUUUCAUUUGGAUGGAUAAGUCAAUAAAUAAAGUAAGUCUUAAAGUUUUGAUUGUUGCUUGAUUAGUUAUACUAGAAGCAGUGGAUGGAUUUGAGCUGCCUACUUGUGGACAAGGGCAGAUUCUUCUGUAUGACUGGUUGUAUAUCUGUUCUCCUUAUCUCUCAUAUAAGACCGGACUAAUGCUAUCUGGUUGGGGACCACGGAGGAUUUUUAUGCAUAACCGGUUGUAUGUCCCUCUCUCACUAACUCAAGCAUCAAAUUUGUGUAAAGUCUUUAGUUAAAGUAUUUGUACUAUAUUUAUUGAUCAGUAUAAAUAAGAUUUAUGAAGGAUUUAUUUACGUGA